CCUGUGUGUGUCUGUGUGUGUGUCUGUGUGUGUUUGUGCCUGUGUGUCUGUCUGUGUGUGUGUUUGUGUAGGGAGAGAACUGGGGGUGGGGACAAAUAAAAUAUGGCAGUGUAUUUACAAAGUUGUUUCAUGCUCUGUAGGAGCCCUACACUAUCGAGGGCUUGUGCAGACUUGGCUGAGUUUCCAGCUGUAGAGGGACCCCAACAGGGAAUGGAAUUAAUGGGUUAAAAUGUGGUAUCUGCAGAGUAAAACUGCACUUAGAAGCGAUGCCCUGUACUGCUAUGCAGAGUGGAGACACUUGAUGAUGAUGAAGGGGCGGAGUUAGCAAUUCCCCUCACCGGGAUGGCAGGGGUUCUCGCCAAUGAGAAUUGACUUCCCUAGACGGGACAGGGCUGGGAUUGGCCAAUAGCAGAGCGGAGCUCCUUGUGCAGCCUCAGCUGAAAGAACUAAUAAAUACUUCUAUGCAGACUCGCACCUCACUCUCAGCAAACAGUCAGGAACUCUCUGGGUCCCAACGGGCCCCCGGCAAUUGCCCUACACUAGUUACCUCCGAGGCAGGACAGGACUCGCAGGACUUGCUCUCUCCUCUGGCAUCUGCUGCACACAGUGGCACCUCUCACUCUCUCUCUACAGGGGACUUGGAUAUAAUAUCUGGCGAGGGACCUGAUGAUGACCAGCUUGGCUGGAGCUGUGCCAAGAAUGAUGAGACCAGGCCCAGGGCAGAACUAUCCCCGGACUGGCUUCCCUCUGGAAGUGUCCACUCCUUUAGGCCAAGGCAGGGUGAACCAGCUGGGUGGAGUGUUUAUCAAUGGCAGACCCCUGCCCAACCACAUCAGGCACAAGAUAGUGGAGAUGGCCCACCAUGGCAUCAGGCCCUGCGUUAUCUCCCGGCAGCUCAGGGUUUCCCAUGGCUGCGUCUCCAAGAUCCUUUGCCGCUACCAGGAGACCGGAUCCAUCAGACCCGGAGCCAUCGGGGGCAGCAAACCCAAGCAGGUGACUACUCCAGAAGUGGAGAAAAAGAUCGAAGAAUUUAAAAGAGACAACCCGGGUAUGUUCAGCUGGGAAAUUCGCGAUAAAUUACUUAAAGACGGAGUAUGUGAUCGCAAUACUGUGCCUUCAGUGAGCUCCAUCAGCCGAAUUCUGAGGAGCAAAUUUGGGAAAGGGGAUGAGGAGGACAUAGAGUUGGAUCGGAAGGAGCAGGAGGAGAGUGAGAAGAGGGCAAAGCACAGCAUUGAUGGGAUCCUUAGGGAAAGAGCUCCAGCGUCCCCUGAGUCUGAAGAAGGCUCUGACAUUGACUCAGAACCAGACCUUCCCCUGAAGAGGAAGCAGCGCCGCAGCAGAACCACAUUCACUGCAGAGCAGUUGGAAGAGUUGGAGAGGGCAUUCGAGAGAACCCACUACCCAGAUAUUUACACUCGAGAAGAACUGGCUCAGAGAGCCAAGCUCACAGAGGCGCGAGUUCAGGUGUGGUUUAGCAACCGACGCGCUAGAUGGAGAAAGCAAGCAGGAGCCAACCAACUCAUGGCAUUCAACCACCUGAUCCCAGGGGCAUUUCCUCCUGCAGCUAUGCCAGCUCUGCCAACCUACCAAUUAUCAGAAACCUCUUACCAGCCCACAUCUAUACCACAAGCUGUGUCUGAUCCAAGCAACACAGUUCACAGGCCCCAGCCGCUCCCUCCAAGCAGUGUGCACCAAAGCAGUCUUCCUUCCAACCCAGAGAGCAGUUCGGCCUACUGCUUGCCCAGCGGCCGGCAUGGAUUUUCCAGCUACACAGACAGCUUUGUGCCCCCAUCUGGGCCUUCCAACCCUAUGAACCCAGCCAUUGGCAACGGCCUUUCACCUCAGGUUAUGGGUCUCCUGACUAACCAUGGUGGAGUUCCACAUCAGCCUCAGACGGAUUAUGCCUUAUCUCCUUUAACUGGAGGCCUGGAGCCUCCCACAGCUGUAUCAGCAAGUUGUAGCCAGAGACUGGAACAUAUGAAGAGCUUGGAUAGUCUGUCAACAUCACAGUCUUACUGCCCACCAACAUACAGCACCUCAGGUUACAGCAUGGAGCCUGUCACAGGAUACCAAUAUCCCCAGUAUGGACAGAGUGCCUUUCAUUAUCUGAAGCCAGAUAUUGCAUAAAGGAGAUGUCCCUCUUGUGCUCUAACACUCAGAAUGGAUACCCAUCAUUGUACAAGUGGCUCAAACUGCAAGACAGAAACACAGCGAACAUUUAUCCGUUACUCAUGGAUAGUGCGGGAUUCCAUGCUGAUUGAUGGUUAGAUUCUGCAAUGGACCUGGUGUUUUGGCUAAAGACAAUGUGAUUCCACAUAUGGCAUUCCAAGGGCUGACGCCACAAACUGUUUACAAAUGAACUUGAAGCCUAAAUAAGUCUUACAAACUGUAUUUGCCAUGUCCCAAGAACCAACUUCCUUUUUGGAGAAUUAUUUGACAGAAAAUCUUAUUACAGAGUUCAAAGUAAACUAUGUUUUGCAGAGCGGAUUAUAAGAUGCCCCUUGAUAUUUUACAUUAUCAUCGACUCAAGAAAUUUUGGGAAUGACUCAAAACAACAAAAGACGAGGAACUUUUCACAUGUUCACAAAAAAGGACUAAUUUUGGGAAGAUAAAAGUUUAAAUGACCAGGAGCAGUUAUUUCAGUUUUGUUGCUGAGUAAAGGCUUGUUUGAUCUGAACACAAGUUCUGACCUCUACACAUAACAACAAAGUACUUUCCUUCAUUAUUUAGGAUCCACUUAAGGAAACUGAAUUACAGAAUGCAGAGUAAUCUGCCAAAAGAAACAGUGAGGAACACACAACACCACAUUUUGACUCCAAAAUAUUGAUUCUUUGGCUGUCAAUUAACGUGCAAUACCAUACCUCACUUCUACUUUGUAAGAAACCUCUGUAUCAUGCUUUGCAAAUAUAGUGGUUUUAUAUUUUAUUGGUUCAAAAAAUGUUUGAGUUUGGAUAGACACUUUUUUACAUUUUAAAAACUUUCUACUCUCUAAGGGAAGACACAUUCCACAGUGUUGUUUGUUGAAGGAUCUCCUCCAGACUUUCAGGGGUGGAUUUGACUAUGGCUUGAUUCAGGUAUUUAAAAGGAAUAGUUCAGAUCACUGUAGCAGGAAGUGGGUUAGGGAUCUAAAUGUUGAGUACUUAAGUUAUAUAACAAAAUGGUAAAUUUUCCUAAUGGGCUAAUUCAGGGCCAGACUGGGAUUCAAAAUAGGCCCUAGUACACAGAGGCCCAAACAGCCCCCCACAGGCCCAAUAAAUAGUGACUGUCUAUGGCAUCUUACAGCAGCCCCUCUGGCAUUUGCCAGAGUAAACAGAUUGCUAGUCUGGGCCCAGGCUAGUUGGAGUCAAACCUACAUUCAUGUUAUGUUCCAUUGCUGUCGGUAAAAUAUUUACAAAAUGUGGCCCAGUUAUUUGCAUUGAUAAGUGGGGUUUAACUUUCAACAGUUAUAGCAAAGUAAUAAUGAAGUCACUGCCAUGAAAGUACUGAAAUGGAGAUUUGGAUUAGGUAAAGGGGUGGGAAUUACAGGUGGUUUUAUUUAUUUGUCUGUUUUACCCAAUCAAGAAAACGAGGUAGAAAGCAUACAUUCCUUCAAGAAUUAUGGGUAAUAAAUUAGGGGGUUUAGAUAGGAAAAAGGUAGUGUUGAAAUCAGGCUUUCGUCUUAGAGGUGAUGGAAGAAGUUACAUUUUAUCUGUGCUUUGCCGGAUUUACUGGCAACAAAUGCUGCAAUAUGUUUCAUGUACAAAAAAAAUGCAGUAUAUAUUUACUAUUUAUAAUAAAUAAACAAGUAUAAAGACUUGCAAUGCAA